AUGACGACCGACUCGGACGCCAGGAACACUCUGUGCCCAUGCGACGAAAACGCCACGAGCAACGACUCGGCCGAACCUGCCGCUGCUUUUCGUCGUGCAGAUGACGACGGUCCGUUGCAGCUCACAGUGCAGUCGUUGCCCUACGUGAAACGCCGGGAACAUGUGGACGCAGUGCGAAGCUUUGACCCGUCCGGCCGCCGCCGCGUCUCUCUCGGGUGCAACGCGCCGGCCGGUCCACUCGAUGCCUCAGUCGAUCCUGCCAAGUACUUGACGUCGCUUUCGUACUCGGUUCCGAGCACCAAUCGGGUGUCCAAUACACCGCGCGGCAGUCCCGCGGUUGACGUCAUUGCUACGUACAUGAACACGUGCGACCAGCGGACAGUCAAGUUGGAGCUUAUGCGCGCCCACGCGCGCUUUGCCUCGACUCGAGAAGGUGGUCCGCCGACGCACACCCGCACUUCUUCUAUGGUUAGCAAAGAAGGCAGCGCCGAGUGGGGCUGGUUUGCCGACAUUGACUCCAGCAGCGAGAGCAAGGGCAACGACGGUUCUGUUCACUCCCUGCGACGACGACUAAGUGCAGACUUGGGCCUUGUCGACGUAGGCAGUGUCCACGUCUUGGGUGAUGAGCAGACAAACACGCGCAAUACAGCCGCGCAUAAGACAUUCACGAUCGUCACGGAAGGUAACAGCAAGGUGGUCUCCGCAACGGUGUCAAUACCCAAAUUCCGCAUCGUGCAAUCGCGCUCGGGCUCUGACCGCCACGCGCAAUACCUGAUCACGCUCCUGCUCGGCAAGGAGCUGUACGCAGACUGGCGUCGAUACUCUGAGUUUGGGGAAUUAGUGAAAACGCUUGACGAAAAGCGCUACACAAGGACGCAAGACGUCUGGGCAGGCAUCGAGACGCGCUGGUUCAACAGACUAGAACCGUCCUAUCUGCACCAAAAGUGCAUCACACUUGAGAACUUCAUGCGCGAGCUCAUGUACGAAUCGAACGAGCCGACUGUACUGAUUAACUUCCUUGGCGGCUAUCUAGGAAAAGUGAAUGCGCGACCGACAGAUCCUGUGGCGUACCGCCCAGCUGCCCAGCUGCCGAAGGAACUUCGUCCACCGCAACCGCGACACGAGCGAGAGUUGUUUGAAAAGAUGUGGGCUGAGAACUUUCAACGUUCACGCGUGGACUAUGCAACAGUUGAGCCCUCGGACCAGACCACCAGCGUCUAA